AACUCAUUAUGGCAAGAAAUUCUAUACGAUGACGGAGUCAUCAAUCCAAAACGAAAGGGAGGAACUUGAUGUAGCCAACUCUUGGUUCUCAAUGCAAAGUCAAAAACAAAAUACGACCGAGUAUGGCUGACAAGCAAUUAUUGCCGCCUCUCGGUUUUAUUGCCAUCGAUGUGCAUUUUCAUCGGCCACCUGGGGAUGCAUUCAAUGAAAGUACUUGGCCAUUUCCCUUAAUUCACAUACAGGCUGAAGGCUCCUCGGAGAGUGAAGUUGUUACGAAAGGCGCAUACGAUGCCGCAUUAAUUGACCGUUUUGUGGAAGCUGGAUUGAAGCUUGCUGCGCGAGGAUGCGUAGGCAUUAUCACGAGUUGUGGUUUUCUAGCCAUGGCACAGCAAGAACUCUCGGCACGUUUACCAAUUCCUAUUGCAACAUCUUCUCUCCUACAAAUCCCCUCUCUUCUUGCCUUUCUACCACCUGGGAAAACCAUCGGAAUAUUAACCUACGACGAUGCACGACUUGGUCCUGACCAUCUCACGAAAAUUGGUCUAUCCUGCGGUGCCGUAAGCAGGACUCGUAUCGUCGGGGCACCAGCCAACGGCCAUUUGCGCCGGCUCAUCCAACACGGAGCGCCUUAUGUGCAUGCCGAUAUAGAGAAGGAGUUGGUUGAAAUAGCCAGAAAUAUGGUGAUAGAAUACUCAGAUAUUGGUGGGAUUUUAUUAGAAUGCACGCAGAUGCCGCCAUUUGCCGGGGCAAUUCAGCGCGCGGUACGGCUACCUGUGUAUGAUGUGUAUACUAUGGGUUGCUGGUUUUACUCUGGGCUACAACGAAAUAGGCCACUUGUCUGGGGAGCUGUGGAGUCCUCAUAGUCUCGCAAUAUCUCAAUAUAGCAAUCUAGGUAUCAAAGUAGUCGAAUUCAAACCAGAAAAUCACCACCAG